AUGGGAUCACCUGGCAAAGGUACCACCCACGAUUUCCGAUACCCCUUGAGGACUAAAGGGUUCCGUGGACGACGUGGUCGCAGAUGUAACCUGACAAAUUGCUGCGAUAUGACUCGUAAUCAGUUCGCUUCUAGAGAGCCAUCGAUUGCGAUCACGAACCCACUUCACGUCAACAUUUGUCCAGGAGGCUUAUUGUUGAAUGGUGAAAGAUGUCCUGUGGAUAAUCUGACAUUCGACUGCGUCUACAAGCUCGCCCGUGUGGCCACUAUCAUGUCUCAGACGCACACUUCUCCGGAGAUGCGAAUGGCUCGAAUUCUGGACCCAGAGUAUGACGCCCUAUCCCCGACCGGACUGGGAUUCGCUAUAUCAUUUUUCUCAGCUAAAUGUUUACACGUGAUGCAGGGCAUACAAAUCGAGAUACUCGGCAGGACAUCAUGGGUUGGAAGCGCACCCGUGUCCACGCUUGAAGACCCAUACGAUCCGAGUCGCUUUGAUUACGCGUGCAGCUGGGCGGUCUACUCCAAACCGGACGAUAUACAGGAAAGCUGGUGUCAGGACGAAUCCUCCGCUGUCGUUCUACUUAACCCGUCAAAGGCCUUGGACACUUCAGCGUGGGCUCGAGCGUGGCAGCUGAUACUUGGAAUGAUAUCCGAUGGAGUCGAGUUGUUUGUUCUAGGAACUCCUCGAGAUCACCAACAGUGGCCCAAAGCAGUGGACAUAUUGAGAGAUCUGUGCGAAGAGACGCUCGCUCAGGUACUGACUUCAAAAUCGAAGUAG